GUGUUGCAGAUGCGUGUGUCAGGCUCGUUCACCCAGGUGUCUGUGGCUUGAAGCUUCCCCGUUACCUUUCGCAGUUUCUUCCUGUUUAACGACUCAAAACUCGCCGUGAACUAGCAGCGGUCUACUUCAGCCAAAGUGCAUGUGACGUGAUGAAUAUAAAUACCCACCUGCAUGCGCAGAGAUCGACAGAGGCUCCAAUGGACUUCCAGUUCACGUCCCGACCAAGCAGUAAUACAAAGCCAGUCUGGGCUUCUGAUGAUGGCAUAAAUCCCCCCAAAAAACGUCCAUUCGAUCACCUCCAACCCACAAGCCCGGCAUUUCCUCAUCCACCUCAAACCCCCAUGUUUGGGGGAAAUCGCAACGUGCCAUUCAUUUUUCAGGCUCCAGUACCGCAGGCUCCUCCAGUCCACGCAUGGGCGCCUCCCGUCAAUUUCUCAUCUCAGAAAGCAUUUCCCCCACUCGCACCUCAGGAGCCGCGGAAUGUGGAUACGUCCGAGCCAGACCCUCCUAAUACCGAGGCUUCUGAGAGAGAAAGUGGGAGAAUAGUUGCCACAGGGGCGCUCAGAAGAAUUUUCAAUUUGAGGCAGAGGGCUCGUACGAAAAGCCAUCAAGCUGUACCGUUACGCAACGACGCAGUGUACGGCAGGAAGGAAGGAAGUGAUACCGGUGCAGCUCAUGUUGGACCUGUGACACACAAUACGACAAACAAUUACAUUGUCAACAUGGGGUCUGCCCCGGCGCCGCAGCCAGACAGACCACAGGUCCUGCUAGGAUAUUUACAAGUCUUUUUCUACCUGUCACUGGUUGUGUUGUUUCUUUAUUUCCUGGUGCAGUUCAUUAUCACAGUACAACAUGAUGUUGAACACCGCGUCUCAGAAUACUCGAUGGAUAUCGUACAAGACAUUGCCAUGUGUGCCACACACUACAGAAGCAACAUCUGUGAAAGCAACACUCUGCCUGCCAUGAUUCAACAAUGUGCAUCUUGGAAAACAUGCAUGAAUCGUGACACGGCGACGGUUGGCCGUGCUCGAGUAGGUGCGGAACUCAUUGCUGAAGUUGCAAAUAGCUUGGUGGAGCCUAUCAGCUGGAAAACCUUGGCUUUUACAUUGACGUCACUAUCUUUAUUGACGCUCGUUGUUAAAUCCUUGUUCUCCCUGAACCGCUCGCGUCACGAAGCUGCCCAUUCUCCACCAACGUAUCCAGUUCUCCCUAUAGCACAAUUGGCUCAUCAUUCCCUCCCUUCUGGCCCUACACCUGGGGGUUCUGGGCUCGGGAAUGGUGACGAUAUCACGGAGGAUGCACCUCGCAGAAGACGUCUAGAAGGCGGACGGGCUGUUAGAGUGAACUGACGGAUUUCUUUUUAGAUGACGCUGUCGCGACGUACGUUGUCGAAGCUUUCUAAGAGAACACAUCGAAGAAACAGGGUGUCAUUGAUUGUACGAAGGCGGCUUCAACACCCAACAAGGCUACAGACGCCGUGAAAAAGAAAGUGCUGCUCGAGCAGACAG